CGCGCGCCCCCUCCCUCCGACGACGACGACGACGACUCAUUCCUCGGAAGAGCAGCAGCAAGAAGCCAGGAACGUGUGCAGGAGGGAGGAAAAGAGCGGAUGGGGGAGAUUAUGAGGUGCCUGGGUAGCUGAACGCCUUUAGGAAACCAGUGAUUGAGGACGGGCAGCUCGGCCUUCGCCUAGUUUAGGAACAUUAGAUCACCUGAGAAGCCACUGAAACACUGAACAGAACUCUUCUGAUGCAGAAGAAGAACAAUGAAGCCAGCAAAAGUGAGAAUUAAGGAUCAACCGCUAUAUUCCUCAUUUAAUGAAAAGAGGAAAAGUAAACAGGGCUAUGAACCUGGGCAUAUGCUUUUAUUGCCUUCAGCUCCAACAGAAUCUGUUGCACAGUACUCUUUAGCCCUUCCAUCAACAAAUAAAGAUAGAGUGCUAGAUGAAAUGGACGUCCUUAAGAAUAUCACUGUUCAUCUAAAUGAGCUUGUACAGACAAUGGAAGGUGUGUAUGCAAAUGAAGAAAUGAAAGAAGAAGAGGCAGCGGCAGCGGCGGUGGCGGCAGGGGAACCUACAGUACCUAAGGAAGAACAUGAAGAUAUGACUACUUUCCUGAUAUGUUGUUCACAACUCAGUAACCAGUUAGAUUGUGCACUUCGUGAAGAAAAACAGAUAUUAGACUCAUUGCUUCAGUGGUUUGAAAAGGAGGUCCGUGAGAUGGAAGAGAUAGGCGAGGAAGAAAUGAUUCCAGAUUGGCAAAUUCCAGUAGCUGAUAAAAGCAUAUCAAAUAACAUUACUAAAUUACGGAACCGCAUCCAAAAGCUUGAAGAUUUGAAAGGCCGUAUUCAAGAACUACCCAAGCUUAUCCAGCUUUCUGCUCCUAAACAUGAAAAGAAAAAAGCAUUAAGCCCUGUGGCUCCUGCUCCAAAAGACCCAAAACGUAUUAUUGAAGAACUUGCUAUGAAAAAUGCAACUGAGGAUGUAAUGAAUAUGGUACAAGUUUUCCAAGAUGAUACAGGCCAACAAACAAUGGAAUCAAUGAAUAAUCGCAUGCUAGAAAUAAUGAAAGUGUUUGAAAGACAGACAAACAAGUUACACAGAGUUUCAAAUGAACAGGAUGUGCUGGAAGGUAAAUUACAGAAGAUUCAACAAGAAUUUCGAAAGCUUGCAGAAGAGAAGGAGAUAAUGGAGGAUGAACUUCAAAAGAUGAAAGGUUCAGAGCAGCAAGAGAAAGGAGUGCAAGAUACAAGGAAAAAAAUGUUAUCAAAACUGGAAAAAGAAAAAGCAAAAGUUGAAGAAAAACCACCUCAAGUAAUUGUAGAAAAACCAGCAAGACCAACUCCUAUUCCUUUAAAGCACAAAGAAGCUGAAAACCAAAAAAUGAAAGAAGACUUAGCUAAAGCUCAGGCAAAUAUUCAGACUCUUGAACAAGAGAAGAAAAUGCUUGAAGAGAAACUACAGAAAGCCUUAGAGGAAGCUGAGAUGGCUAAAGUUCAUCUUGCUGAAGUACCUCCAACUAUUCCAGAUUGGCAGUUCCCUUAUACAGAAAUUGAAGAUGAAAAGGAUGUGCAGAAGAAAGGCAAAAAAGGAACAAAACCUAAAGGAACAGAUGUACAAAAAUUGGCUGUCAGUGCACCUGAAACAGGAAAAGCAGGAGAAACACUUCCAGCAAAAGAUGUGAAACAGAAGAAAAAGGGGUCAUUUAUAGACAUGGAUAAAGCACUGAGCGAAGGUCAGGAAAAAGAACCUGAAAAAAGGAUGGAAGAAUCACGGAAAACAAAAGCAGGGAAAUCAGAGGGAGUAAGUAAUGCUUCCUAUUUUGGUUACUAA